CUGGCUCCUGUGACCCCGGUGUGGGGACGCACGGACGCGCCUCGGACACUUCCGGUACACCCAAGAUGGCGGUACAGCUGGUACCGGCGCCCUGGAGCGACCUUCCGAGCAUGGCGGCACCACAGCGUGACACACUUGCAUGUCUUCUUGGGCGGGGCUUGUAGCACCGCGACCAAUGGGGAGGCGGUGUUGGGCUAAACCCUGAGGGGCGGGGUUUGACCGCGCAUCUGACCGCGCAUGCGCGGUGGGUGUGGGCUGAGGAGGGAAACCAUGGCUGCCCCCACUAAAAGAAGCCCCUCAGUAAAUGCAGAGAAGUCGCGCUGAAACGCAGUGGGCAGAAAGACGGAGCUAGGGGGAAACGGGGUGUGUGGGGGCUCCUCACGUGCUCUCCCACGUGACCGGACGCGUUCCUGCCCACGUGACGCGGCGCUGACAUGGCGGCGGCAGCAGCGCUCCGGAGCCGCCGGUUCAAGUGGUCGCUGGAUCUGGGCGGNCCUCUGUCGUUGCAGCGCUGCUGGGACGUGGCUCUGGCGCCGCUGAAGCAGAUCCCCAUGAACCUGUUCAUCAUGUACAUGGCCGGCAACACCAUCUCUAUCUUCCCUGCCAUGAUGGUCUGCAUGAUGGGCUGGCGCCCGCUGCAGGCCCUCAUGUCCCUGUCUGCCACACUGAAGGCCCUGGAGAGCUCAAGCCGGCGGGCACUGCAGGGUCUCGUGUUCCUGGUGGGCAACGGGCUGGGGCUGGCACUGGCCCUUUACAAGUGCCAGGCCAUGGGGCUGCUGCCCACCCGCCCUUCCGACUGGCUGGCCUUCGUCACCCCCCCACAGCGAAUGGAAUUCACUGGGGGGGGCCUGAUCUUGUGACCCUCUGCGACCACCCACCAAUAAAGGCAGUGGCAGGAUGUUGA